GAGUGCGGUGCGUAGUGGUUGCCAUUUUCAGACGUCUGUGCUGCAACAGCCAUCAACGUCUCCAUCAUUGUCACCUACCGAUGAUGGCCGUCUGUCUUCCCUUCGUUCAAUCUCUCUCUAUCCUUUCUUCCUUUCUCUAGAAUAUCCGAUCUUCUGGGGAGCAAAUAAAUAAGUUGCAGGUUCGGAUUUGGUGGAUUCUAUCACCUUGGAUUUUGUUUUUUAUUAUAUAGGGUUUCUUUUUUUGUUUGGAUCGAUUCAAUCCGUCUGCAUUGGUAUUGCGGUUGCUUUUUUUUUCUUUUUCUUUCCCUUUAUAUCUGUUUCUGCGAUUUUGCAUCGGCUUUGAGGCAGCUUCUGCAGAUUUGAAUAGCGACAGAGAAUAGUUUGAAACCUGUUCGCCCGUUUGCGAAUAGUGUAUUAUUCUUCUAAAGAGACUCUGGAUUUGAUUUUCCACUCUAGAAAGUGGCGAUGCUUGAUACUUCUGUACUGUGUUGUUGAUCAAAACCUAUAUUUCUGUUUGUUACGAGCGUUAUCUUUUUGAUUCAGAGCUCAAAUCCUUAUUGACAUGGAUUAUUGAUUUUCUCUGAAUAUUGUUUCUUUCAGUAUUUGAAAGCAGGCAUGUUAUAUUUCGUUGUUACAGUUUUAUUUAUUUAUGUGUCAUGUUUCAAAUCUAAAAUAAAGUUGAUGCUAUUGGACUCCAAAGGGAGAUUUGGUGGCUGAAUCCUUAUUAACAUGGAUUUGAUUUUCCAAUUUAGAAAGUGGCUAUGCUUGAUACUUCCGUGCUGUGUUGUUGAUCAAAACCUCUAUUUCUGUGGUGUUACUAGCGUUAUCUUUUUUAUUCAGAGCUCAAAUCCUUAUUGACAUGGAUUAUUGAUUUUCUCUGAAUAUUAUUUCUUUCAGUAUUUGAAAGCAGGCAUGUUAUAUUUCGUUGUUAUAGUUUUAUUUAUUUAUGUUUCAUGUUUCAAAUCUAAAAUAAAGUCGAUGCUAUUGGACUCCAAAGGUAGAUUUAGUGGCUAAAUCAUCAAAGGAUGCAUUUUUACUCGUCUGCCCAUUUGAAGGUGAACUGGAUGUUUAGAAAUUGAUUGAUGAUGAGUUUAGACAUAUGGAAUUGAUGUUGAGUUCUCUUAAACUGUCCAAGAAUCAGAAUAGAGUGGCUGUGAAGGUCAAAUUUUACUUAUGAUGCUUUUUUUGAUACGCAAAAGGAGAUUAUAUUGAGCAGUGCUUAGUUUAAUGUAAUCAAAGAUUAAGUUGGCUGUUCCUAAAAGAAAAAUUUGAUGAAAGGGAUGAUCUGUUGCGGGUUUGAACAUAAAAGAAUUGACACUCUCUUUUAUAAUUAAUUUAUCCAUAUAUGGAUUCACUCACUUAAAGAUUAGACAAAUAAUAAGCUAUAUACUGAAUCUCUUCUCUAAAUCCAUCAAUUAAAAUUAAAAUUCACUAUUGCUUAUUGAAUAUUGACCUUUCUGAUGUAGAAAAAUCUUGGCAGUCAUCAAGGUGAAAAUCCAAAAGAGCCCCUGUUGCACUGUCUCUGUCUAUAUAUAAAUGAGAAGAGUGGGGCGGUUACCAUUUUCAGAGGUUUCUGCUUCCACCGCAAUCACAAUCACCUACCAUCUUUGCCUUUUCUCCACUUUGCUCAAUCUUUCUCCAUUCCCCGUCCCUCUCCAGAAUAUGAUAUUUUUUGGACCAAAUCAAUAAACUACAAGAAACAUAAAAUAGUAUUGACAAGAGAAUGGAACCACAGGGAAGGAUGAGAUAUCCUGCAAAGAAAGCAAAAAUAAGAGAGUCAAGCAGCCAAAAAAGUGAAUUUGGUAGCAUGUUCAGAAGAGCAUCAAUGGAUUUGAUGGGGGAUGGUGGCACAGUUCCCGAAUGUGGUGCAAUCUUCAUGUCAAACAGGAAAACAAUGGAAGAAUGUCUUAGACGGAACCUAUUCGGCCUUCCAUUUUCUAAGGCUGGAUUUGUAAAACAUGUCAAAGUGGGAAUGGUUUUAUUUUUAUUUGAAUAUGAGAAGCGAGAACUUCAUGGCGUAUUCCAGGCAAGCACAGAUGGUGCAAUUGAUAUUGUUCCCGAGGCUUUCUGUUCAUCUGGCAAACGGUUCUCUGCCCAGGUUCGCAUUACAACAAUCUGGAAUUGCACUCCUCUGACUGAGCAUGAAUUCAGUGAUGCUAUUCGAGAUAACUACUUUGCGGCAAACAAGUUCAACUUUGGUUUGUCCAAAGACCAGGUUCACAGGCUUCUAUUGUUGUUUAGUUCUAAAAAGUUGAAAGAUCUACAACCUCAGAGACAACUCAGAAGAAGUAAUGUCUCAAAACCAGUCAGGAGCUCUUUAGGUAAAGUUCGAAGAGUAGAUGCUAAAACUGGUCAUAGGAAAGAAAAUGUACAUGGAGUGAACAAUGAUCUUUGGCCAGCCAUCUUGACUGAGUACCCUGGGAAUUCUUUGGGUAAAAUAAGUAGACUUCCUGAUGAAGCCAGUUUUGCAGUAAGUGAUCAGGGAGAACGUCAACGUGCUUUGGAAAGAGAUAUUGGGCUGUUCAUAUCGACCGUGAAAGAUGAAGUAAUUAAAAUACCUGACAGUGGCAGGUUUACAACGAGUGAUAGGGUAGGAAAUGAUCGUAUCACAGCUGAAUACCAAGAGAAAUCUUUGGGCAAAGAAAGAAGGGCAUCCUAUAAUGGCAGGUAUCCAACAAGUGAUUGGGUUGAAAAAGAUUAUAAUGUGGACCCUGAUAUUGCCCAGGGGCACAUCAGAAACCCUUUAAAACAACCCAAUGAUCUUAAGCCAGUCUUGACAACUGAACGCCGUGAGAAAUCUUUGGGCAAAGAAAGGAUGGCUUAUGUAGGCAGGCAUUCAACGAGUGAUUGGUUUGGAAAUGAAUGUAAUGCUCACAGUGAUCUUGGUGCGGUCAUCUCAACUGAAUACACCAGAAACUCUUUAAAACUAUCCAAUGAUGACAGGUUUGAAAUGAGUGGUAGAUCAGGAAAUCAACUUGAUAGUGGGAAUGAUGAUCUUGGGCCUGCCAUCUCGGUUGAGUGCCUUGGCAACUCUUUGGGUGAAGUUAGAAGAGGACCUGAUCCUGAGAGGUUUAUGACAAGUGAUAGGAUAGGGAAUGAAGGUCAGGUCAACGAUGAUCUUGGGCCAGCUAUCUCAACUGGGAUCCCAGUUAACCCCUUGGGUGAUGCAAGAAGAGUGGUUGAUGAUAACAGGUUUAUGGUAAGUAAUAGAGUAAGAAAUCAACUCCAGGUGGAUGAUGAUCCUAGGAUGGCCUUCUCGACUGAGUAUUAUAGGAACUCUUUGGGUGAAGCAAGAAGAGUAACUAAUGUGGACAGGUUUGCAAAAAGUGAUUGGGUGGGAAAUGAAUGUCAAAUGGACAAUAAUAUUGAGCCUGCCAUCUCUACUGAAUACUUAUGUAAGCCUAACCUGAAUAGGUUGGAUUAUUCUGGCAAACAAAUUAAAGGAACUGAUAAUAGCUCAGCUCAACCUUAUUUUGAAUCAUCAGCAUUUUGCUUGAGAGAGCAAAGAACAUCUUGUGAAGAUACAAUUGCCACAAGUACUGAUCCUUACAGAUCUGGAACACCCACUAUUCACUAUAGUGGCUUGCCAUCUUGUGGGUUGUAUCACAGUUCUAAUUCUGUACAAGAAUGCCCUCACUGCAGUUCUCUGGGUAAUGCUUUUAGUUCACCUAAAAACAAAUCACCUCCAUUUCAUGCAGAGUCCAGAGGUGUAACCAGAUGCUUGGACAUCACUUCUGGCCUUGGGAAUUGUGUUUCUUCACCUACUCCCAAUGAUUACGAGUGUUCUUGCUAUAGGACCACUAUGCCAUUCUCAGGGCCUGGAUAUUCUGAAAGCAAGGCUGUAGAAUUCUCUGAUCUUGAAGGUUACAGAGGCUCAUCCUUUGCAGGGUCCUUACUUCCUGUGCCUCUCCUAAAGGGUGAAAAUGAUGGCCCUGCUCCAUAUUCCUUCUGGCCCAUUGAGGAGACUCCAUAUGAUUAUGGGUAUCCUGAAGCAUCACACUACAAAAAUAAACUACUUCCGAAAGGUGGGGAUGGUGAAGCUUAUGCUGCCAAUGUUCCUCUGUCAAAUGAGGUUCAAUGCCACUCUCAAGGUGAUCUUUGUUCUCUAGAGGCAAAAAGCUUGAACUUCCAUGAAAACAAUAUGUCAGAUCAUGACUUCCAGUCAAGAAAAAAAUUCAGAGGAAUGUAUUCUGCUCAUCAAAAGAGCAGAAAUAGUGUCUUUUCUCGCUUGACUUUUGCUGCUGAAGCGUGUGCAGAAGACAAUGAUAGCCCUGUGGACUACAAUGAACAUAAUGUGGACACAUCAGUGGAUGAACUCAUGGACAUGUUGCAUGACAGUAGUUAUCACUGGGCAAAGAAAUUGAGAAAGUCCAAACCAUUAAUUGGACAUCAUGAUAAUGGCGAAAACAUUAGGAAUAAGAAACUAAAAACCAUCUACAGUGAGAUGGAGAGGGAUCAAUGUACAUUAUUUCCGAUACAGAAGAACAUGGAUGCUACUCUAGGCAAUGGAGAGAGUGAUCAUGAAAGGACCAAAGGCAAGCCAGCAGUGCAUUUCAAAAGGCGAAGUGAGACAGGGAAAAAUAGGGAUGAAAUCAAGACUGGGGGGUUUGUUGAAAGUACAGGGAGCAAUGGCUUGUUGGGUGCUCAUCAGAAGAGGAGAAAACUAGUCCGGCCAAACUUCAGUAAAAAUGAGCCUUCUCAUGAGAAAGACGUCAUUGGUGAAAACACUCCAAAUCUACAGCUAUCAUCUCAAGAAAGCUCUUUCAGUAAAGAUAAUACUGGAAGUUGUGAGGCUUCGGAUAGAAACCAUGAAAACAAAAAGAAUGUGGGGCAGCAAGCUGGUUUGCUGCAUGCACCGUGUCAAGCAGGUUGUGAAGCUAUCUCCACUGAAGCAAAAAGUGGUUCAGACAGCGAAGGAGGGAGGAAAGAAGAAAGCGGUUCAGGGUUGUCUCUUAAAAAUGAAGGUGAAAAUGGGAAAGAAGGUUCAAAAAUUGAAGAGGCAAACCUUUCAGUUACUUGUAGAGAUGAAUCCAUUGCCGAGGAAUCCAUGGGGCAUGGAUUAUCUCAGGAUCAUGUUACUGAGAGCUGCUCCAAUGUGCAAGAGUCAUCUCUCAAGAUAUGUGAAGAAAAUGCUGGAAGUGUAACUGGAUUGGAAAGCGCUUGAAAAAAUGAUAGAGAUUAUGAAAUGGAGUCAGCUUCAAAAUGUUGGGAACUUGAAAGAAGCUUAAAGCCAGACAUUCACAGAAACUAGUUCAGGCAAUCAGAAUUCAGAAUCAAAGAUAGUAUAUAUAAACAUUCAAAGGUCAAGGUCAGGCAUGUCUGUCCUUUUAUCAUUGGUCUUGUAGUUUGGAUUAACUGAUAUUCUUUUGGUGUUUUGAUGCUGCCUGCUUUGAAUGGGCUUAUGUAUGUUUUUGACAAAACCUGUUUACUCAUCUACAGAGUAUUCUCUCUUUCUGCAA